UGAUUGAAUUUAUAAAAACAUUUAAUUUUAUUAAAGUAAAUAUUAUUAAUUAAGACACGAUGCUAUCAGCCGCUAAAGUCCGCAUUCAUGGCAUGCAAGAUGAGAACUGGGUGAUUAAAGAUAAAAUAAACCAGUACAGGGGACUUAUAAAGUUGUAUGAAAGAGACAGAAAGAUCCAUGAAGGUGACCUGGCGAAACAGAAGAAGCGGUACUGCCGCGACAUCCGCACGCUGCGCAAGGAAAUUAACACCAAGCGCGGCGAGCUCAGUGUCGCCGUGUACGGGGACAAACAGUUCUUGAGGAACGCCUUCCAGGAGCAUAGGAGGCUGCAGCUCACUUAUAUGAACAGCCAGGCCGAUAGAGUGCUGGAGAGCAUCCACCAGGAAAACUUCAACAAACGGAAACAACUGGACAGAAUCAGAUACACGAAGAAGAAGAAGAUGGAGAAAUUUCGAUUGACCCAGUUGGAAUCGGCGGAGUUGCGCGACCGUCUUCUGUACGAAGUAGGGGGCAAACUACCAGCGGAGAAGAAGGAACAGGCGGUGGCCAACUACGUGCAGCGGGCCAACAUCAAGAAGAACGCUGCCCUGGCCAUCAAGGUCAUGUACAAAAAGAUCCUGGAUAUACUCAAAAAGGACUCGUCGUACUUUACAGUGGUGCUAGAGGCUCUAAAGUUGGACUGCCGUGCUCAGGGCAAAUGUCUGAUGGGGGCCACGGAAAUGGGGCAACUUGCCAUGGAGUACCUGGACGACAGGAAGUUUGAGGUCAACAAGCUGACCCAGGAGAUCAAAGCCAACAUGAAGGAGAGAGAGAGGACCCUGAAGUUGGUGCGACGAGAGGUCGCCUUCCUCAUAGAUUCGUUUCCUGACUUGAUUCGGAAAGAGGAAGCGACCAACCUGGAUGAUUUGUACGAAGAUCUGGACGCGGGCAGCCAGCACUCAGUACACUGGGAACUUGAGGAGGUGAUGGGCAUCUGCAAACGACUCCAGAAGUCCACUCUCGUCCCAUCCUUUGAGAGAAUAUUGCUGAGGUUAAAAGAACAAACAUACCAAACGGAGCGGUUGUUAACUCAAUUGACGGUGAAUAGCGCGAAGAGAGACGCUCUCAUCGAAGAUAGGAAGCAUGCCUUCUUGAUGCUGGAUUCAUUGAAGAACGUCGGUCAAGAGAAGACGGCACAAUAUGUGAACGAUAAAAAACAACUUCGUGCUCAGAUCGACGCGGAGGAUCGCGAGGAGAGGAACCUAACUAAAGCUUUGGAUGAAAAGGGAAAACUCAUUAUUGAGAUGAAGACAUCUUUGCAGCAAAUCAAUGAGUUACUCUCGAGCGUGGGGGCCGCGAACGCACCACGGCCUAUGAAGGUUCCAGCGGCGAUUCAGUACGCCCUCGAGGAAAUGGUGCAGCCGGUGCCAGAGGUUGAAGCAGACUUCGAUAAGCUGAUCCUGACCGCACGGCAGAAGCUGACGGUGCUGAUCCAGGCGGUUUCCAAGAUGGAAGUGACGCCGGAGAUCAAGUUGAACGCCAACAUCUUCUACCACAACAUCCUGGCGCGCUCCAUGCAGGACAACUACAAGGACGACGUGGUCGCUGAAGGAGAAGUUGACGGUGCUGACACUGAAGAUCAAGUAGACGAAGCCAAUAUCCUCUCCAACUACCUAAAAGGACGGGAUGAGUGA